CUGCACUCGACAGCAUUGCCAGAGUAUAAGACGGCUGCCUUCAAGAAGUCACGGCUUGUUCUCUCCCAUUACGGCAUGUUUAAGACGUGCUGGGAUUGGCUCAUACUUAUAGCCACUUUCUAUGUGGCCAUAAUAGUGCCGUACAGCGCAGCCUUCAGGCACCGACACGCCGAUGAAGUGCCCGACAGGAAAACCAUUAUCACUGAUAUAGGCGUCGAAAUUGUGUUUAUUUUUGAUAUAAUAAUGAACUUUCGGACCACAUUUGUGAACAAGAAGGGCGAAGUUGUGGCCAAAUCUAAAUCAAUUGCCAAACACUAUAUGCGCGGGUGGUUUGGGAUUACGCCAUUAAUACAUUUACUAAAACUGACGCGACUGUUACGACUGGCCCGGCUAUUGCAGAAAAUGGAUCGAUACUCUCAGUUCAAGUUUCAAAGGCGCGAAGAAUAUCUUUAUGUCAAC